CUUACGGUUUUCAACCAUCUUCCCGUAGUCAGAAUCUUGCAAAGCUAGUUCAUCCGUCCUGAAGAAGACGACCCUUCCUGUUAUUUUCUUUCAGGUUUUCUCAAUCAAAUAAGGCGGCAACAAAAGGCCCUGCCUUUUUUUCUUCAUCCCUAUUUGAAUGUGGGCUUUAUGCUCCGUAGCCUCCUCCUCCUUCCUUGACUUGAGGAACCCUAGUUUUCUGGAGCAUCUGUAACAGGCUGCAGCUGAUCGUUCGUGAUACAAUUGGUCCCUUCUUCAUAUAUACUUCUUAUUCUCUGGCAUUGUUGACGUUGUAGCGUGAAAGGAAGGUAGGUGUAUUAUCGGCAAUGGGCGAGCCGAACAAUGUGAAGCGGGCUAUUGUUGAUGCUUCGGCUGGGGCAAUCUCGGGUGGUAUAUCACGGACAGUGACAUCGCCGCUUGAUGUUAUUAAGAUUCGAUUCCAGGUUCAACUAGAACCCACAUCAUCACGGGCUUCACUACGAAAGCAAUUGUAUGUACCAUCAAAAUAUACUGGGAUAGUUCAAGCAAGUAAAGAUAUUUUUAGAGAGGAAGGCAUAAAGGGUUUUUGGCGGGGCAAUGUGCCAGCAUUACUCAUGGUUAUGCCAUAUACGGCCAUACAAUUUACAGUUUUACAUAAGUUGAAGACUUUCGCAUCUGGUUCUUCCAAGACAGAGAAUCACAUUCAUUUGAGCCCAUAUUUAUCCUAUGUCAGCGGGGCAUUAGCUGGGUGUGCGGCUACCGUAGGGUCAUAUCCCUUUGAUCUGCUCCGAACUAUAUUGGCUUCUCAAGGUGAACCCAAGGUAUAUCCAAAUAUGAGAUCAGCAUUCCUUGAUAUAGUCAGGACUCGUGGCUUACAAGGCUUGUAUGCUGGAUUAUCACCUACACUAGUUGAGAUUAUACCCUAUGCAGGCCUACAAUUUGGCACCUAUGAUACAUUUAAGCGUUGGACCAUGGCAUGGAAUCGUUACAGAUAUUCCAAUACAAGCUUGUCCUCUAUAGAAGAUGGCCUCUCUAGCUUUCAGCUUUUUAUUUGUGGACUGGCCGCUGGGACGUGUGCCAAACUCGUCUGUCAUCCACUUGAUGUGGUGAAGAAAAGAUUUCAGAUUGAAGGUCUUCAAAGGCAUCCGAGAUAUGGAGCUCGAGUCGAGCAUCGUGCAUACCGAAACAUGCUUGAUGCUAUGCAACGGAUACUACUGUUGGAGGGUUGGGCUGGCCUAUACAAGGGGAUUGUCCCUUCAACUAUAAAAGCUGCACCUGCAGGUGCUGUAACAUUUGUUGCGUAUGAAUUGACUUCAGAUUGGUUGGAGUCCAUACUGGCAUGAUUUUUGACACUUAUAUUUUUUCUAUGAUUAUUCAAAUCAUUUUUUGGCCAAGCUCUAGAAGUUUAGAUUGUUAAAUCCCUCAUAGGAUAGGAAGAAAGCAAGAUGAACAUGCUGAUUUACUCUAGUCAUACUCGUAUGGGUGAAGCUGAUAAGAUGACAAGUGGUUCUUAUGAUGGAGGGAAGUUCAUAGACAAAGCUGAUCAUAGUAUACUGUUUUUUCUU